AUUCCAAAAUCUGAUGAUGAACUUGUCAAUCAUGCUUCACACACUGAGGACAUAAUGGUCGGGAAAAACAAUGAGUUCGACACUAUAAUGAAGAUGAUAACACAACAUCCAUCUAAACAACGCGAAGUUGUUUCAAUUCAAGGUAUGGGAGGAAUCGGCAAGACAACGUUAGCUAGACGAGUUUAUGAAAAUCCAUCAACUGUCUCCCACUUUGACAGACGACUAUGGGUUGUUGUAUCACAGCAUCACAAUAAGAGGCAAAUGCUUUUAGGUCUUCUUGGCUCUAAAGACGUUGUAAACAACAGCAGUGAGGACCUAGCAUUACAGCUGUACCAAAGUUUGAAGGGUCAAAGGUACUUGGUAGUGAUGGAUGAUGUGUGGAGUAGAGAGUCAUGGAAUGACGUUAACUCUUGCUUUCCAGAUGAUAAAAAUGGGAGUCGAGUAUUGUUGACUACUCGCGUUGCGGAGGUGGCUGCUUGUGUUGGCUCUAACAAUUACUUUUCCCAUCAAAUGCAGUUUUUAGAUCGAAGUGAAGGUUGGGAAUUAUUUCAUAAAAAGGCAUGCAAAUAUCAUGGUGUUGAAUUUGAGACAAUUGGGAGACCAAUUGUUGAGAAAUGUAAAGGAUUGCCUUUAGCUAUUGUUGUGGUGGCAGGUUUAUUUUCAAAACUCAAUACACUAGAUGAGUGGAAGAAAACUGCUAAUGCUCUAAUAAGUUCUACUUCAACAUCAACUCUAGAUGAUGAAGAAUGUUGGAGAAUCCUCUCAUUGAGUUAUAGUCACUUGUCCCAUAAUUUGAAAGCUUGUUUUUUAUAUUUAGGAGUUUUUCCAGAAGAUUAUAAGAUCAAUGCUAGCAACCUUGCAAGGUUAUGGGCUGCGGAAGGACUUGUAAAGGCAUUCAAGAAUGAGAGUUUUGAAGCAGUGGCUAAAAGGUACAUAAAUGAACUUAUGGAUAGAAACUUAAUUCUUGUAAGCAAACGAAGUUGUUGUGGAAGAAAAAUUAAGGAGUUUGGAGUACAUGAUUUAUUGCAUGCCUUUUGUGUAAGAGAAUGUGAGAAGCAGAGUCUUUUGCAUGUUGUGGAUGAAAGUGGUUCCAAUUUCCCUCAGAAAGGUGUCCGUUGGAUAAGAAUUCAAAGGGUGGCAUUUGAAGAUUUUGACAUCUCUGAGUUACAUUCUCUGUCAAAACACUGCCGGUCCAUCAUUUAUUUCCCAGAGCUGCCUAAAUAUUCAAUAAGUUUGGAAUUUUUCAGCUUAUUGAGGGUAUUCUAUGUUACUCAUCAAUUCCAUUUUCCCAUUCAAAGGUGUCCGACUGUUCAUAUCCAUUUGAGAUACCUAUGGAAAUUUGGGACAAAUAAUCCUUAUGAUUCAUUAUACUCCAACGCUUGGAAUCUUCAAACAUAUAGAGCGUAUGACAAUAUAGAAUUGAAGUAUUUGAGGUUUCCACAACUACAGUAUAUUCACUGUGGUAACAUUUGUGAAUCUUUUCCCAAAUCUGUUCAUCAAAACUUGCAGGUCAUUUAUAGAUUGCAGGAUAGUCAAUGCCACCAAGAGUCCUUUAAAAAAGUUCCAAACCUAAAGAAGGUAACUAUUAUUAUAGGCAAAACCGAUGAUGAUUGCACUAAGAACCUUGUCUGUUUACAGCAACUCGAGAGUUUGUCUCUUUGUGGUGAUACACGGGGCUAUGAAAUUCCAGCUCAAAUUAUUAACAAUAUUCUUCUCUUGAAAAACAUUAGGAAGCUGAGGUUUGAUGAUUUGAUAUCUGAGUGGAGGGUAUUUAAUGUUUUGAGCAAGUUACCAAGGCUUGAGGUGCUCAAGUUAUGGUAUUCUGACCUUGGCUACAAGUGGGAAGUACCAGAGAAUGUGAAAUUCUGCCACUUAAUUUGUUUGAAAAUUUGUUCUGGUAAUCUGAACCAUUGGGAAGUUGGUGAUGGUGCUCAUAAUUUUCCAAAACUUGAGCGUCUAUUCCUUAAGAGAUGCUUUGGAUUGAGAGAGAUCCCGAAUAGCUUUGCAGAAAUUUCAACAUUGAACUUAAUCCAAUUAGAUAUGUGUCCUUCUUCUGCAGUGAUGUCCGCCAAGCAAAUUGAGGCUGAACAGCAUGAUUAUGGAAACGAGAAUAUGGUUGUCAUUCAGAAAUACACAAUACAGAAUACCCCGAUGAUCGAAGGCAAGCUUGAUGAAGAUGAGGAGUAGAUGAUGCAAAGCUAUAGCAAAGAAAGAGUCUAAUUAAUUGCAAUACUGAUGAUGGGAUGGGUCCACAUAGAGCCAAAAUCCAAUAAAAGAAGGGUGUGGGAAGAUCAGAGCAGAUGAUUGUUAGUUGUGGCUGUUUUUGGUGUUUGAAAUGGUUCACAGGUUCUUCAGCUGCAAAUUUGAAUAGGGUACAGAUUACUAUAUUACUGCCUUGUAUUGCAGGCCGGGCUGCUUCUAGGAGUGAACAAUAUAAUCUGCUGGAUUUAA